UUAAGUUUUGUUUACAUGUCGUGUUAUUUUCGUGUUGUAUUUGUCAAAGCGCUAUAAAUCUUGCUGUUAUUUCUUACAAAUUGCGAACAAGACUUUGUUCCGACAUGUACUUAAAAAAAUUCUUGAUGUGGUGUUUUCUUUUGAUAAUUUUUAUGCUCGACUUGGUUCAUUGUAAGAAAUUUGAAUCCGAGGAAAAGCCGGCAUGGGCUAAAAAAGACAUUCGUGACUAUAAUGACGCCGACCUGGAACGCUUAUUUGAUCAGUGGGAGGAAGAUGAAGAGCCCUUAGAAGCAGAUGAAUUACCUGAACAUUUAAGGCCUUCACCCAAGAUAGAUCUUAAUACUGUAGACAUGAAAAAUCCUGAAAGUCUUUUGAAACUGUCUAAAAAAGGAAAAACUCUCAUGGCUUUUGUUACUGUUUCAGGAAAUCCUACGGAGCAAGAAACAGAAAAAAUAACAACUCUUUGGCAAACAAGUUUGAUGAACAAUCAUAUCAAUGUAGAUAGAUAUCCUAUUGGUCAAGACAGAGUUAUUUUCAUGUUCAAGGAUGGAAGCCAAGCUUGGGAAGCUAAAGAUUUUUUAAUUGAUCAAGAAAGACUAGAAGUAGUUACAAUAGAAAAUAAAGAAUAUUUUGGAAAAUUCUCAUCUCAGAAAAACAAAGCAGGAGGAUCAAAGGAAGAACUUUGAUUAAUGAAAAUAAUGUUUCAAGAUUGGUAUAUCUUAUAGAUAUCUGUGUAUAUAAUCUUUUUGAAAAACACUACCCCUUUAUUGUAUAUUUCUGUGAUGCAUUUAUGAUUUUGAUCACAAGAGUAUGUAAAUCAAAGUAUUUCCUUUUUGUAUAUUUCUAUAAUAAAUUG